AUGACGGAGCUACAGGAAGUGGUUUUCUCCAUGGCAAAGGAGACGGCGCCAGGACCGGACAGCUUUGGAACGGUCUUCUACCAAGAUUGUUGGACAAUAAUUCAAGGGGAACUAUUGGAUGCGAUUCAGGAGUUCUUUCUGGGGGUUCCCCAACCCAAGGGGUUCUCUAGUGCAUUGAUAGUCUUAAUCCCUAAGGUGUCCGGAACUUCACAAUGGCGGGAAUUCUGGCCCAUCAAUCUAUGCAAACUAAGUUCAAAAAUUAUCUCCAAAAUUUUAGCGAAUUGUCUCAAGCUCCUGCUUCCUAAACUAAUCUCACCGUGGCAGUCGGGAUUUGUUCUGGGACGGAGUAUCGUGGAUAACAUCCUUAUCGCACAGGAACUAGCCUUGGACCUUGAUAGGCGGCUGAGUUGUCCGAACUUGAUGUUGAAGUUGGACAUGGCGAAGGCCUAUGACAGGGUAGAAUGGACCUUCCUCAUGUUUAUGCUUCGGCGUCUUGGCUUUCAGGAGGGGGCGGUGGAUCUGGUUUUUAGAAUCGUAUCAAAUAAUUGGUUCUCGGUUCUGGUCAAUGGGACCCCAGCGGGUUUCUUCAAAUCAACGAGGGGAGUCCGGUAG